AAAAAAACUUGCAGCAAGGUAUCCUUGCUCUCUAUAACAGGCGAUACUAGGUCUAUCUAAGCUGUAGACGAACUCUAGACUUUAUGUUAAAAGGCUGGCCUAUAGAAACAGACGGUCGGGAAUAGUACACCUCUAGGUUCAAACGAGUCACUGGGUAGCGUUGCCAACUUUUAACAUCGUAGAUUUCUCGCUAUGCGGAACAUGCCCGCCGUUGGAGGCCUGUGAAGACUCAAAAAGUAUUUAAAGUCUGCCAUUUGACGCUUUGAGUGUCCUACAACGCAGAAGUGCAAGCUCACCCUUCCAACGCAGUUCAUUACUUCAAAAUCGUCACCAUGGUUUUAAUCGUUCUUCCAGCACUGAUCCCAGACAUACGGCGCAUAUACGAGACGUAUUUCUCAGCAUUCGAAAAUGAUGAGAUGGGAAGCAUUAUUCUCAAGAUCCUCUUCCCUCAGACCAUCGAUGAACAAUUCAAAGAAGCACACGCAGCAGGCACAUUACAAUGGUGGCAUGGUUGCGAUUACCAGUAUACCAUGAAGGUCGUCGACACCGAUACGGCCGAGAUCGUCGGUAUGGGUCUGGGGGAUAUUCUGGUGAAGCCGAGAACCCCAGAAGAGCGGGAGAAUCAUGGUGCCCCCUGGCUCGAGGGCGAACAGCGAGAGCGAGCUGAAAAGAUCCUGAACCCACUCUGGGCAAUGCGAGAGAAGCUUUUUGGCGCCCAACCCCACAUAUACUGCCACGUGAUGGCUGUCGACCCCAAGCAUCAGGGCCGUAAAGCCGCGGCAGCUCUUUGUGAGUGGGUUUUGGAACUUGGCGAGAAGAUCAACCUCCCGGUAUAUUUCGAGUCUUCGCCUUCGGUAGUCAACCUGUAUAAGAAGGUGGGCUUUGAACUAUUGUCGGAAACCGUAGUGCACAAAGCCGAGGUACUGGGCACCGAGAAGGACAUCCAAGUGCCAUUGAUGGUCAGGAUGCCGUCCAAAGCGGGCAUAUCAUUCGAAGAGUGGAGAAGCACAGGAUAUCCGAAGUUCGGCACACGGGAAGUGUCCUAUGUUGGAGGACAGGCCGAGAAAGCUAAGCAGCAAAUCGUGACCAAAGUGGUGGAAUUAAGCGAGACUCGAUCGGCCGAGAUUAGUCCCUAAGUGUACAUACAUGUACAGUAGAGCUAAUGCGCUGAUAAUAAGACCCGAGAACAGUAUUGCAGGACGAGUCGGGUGGGGUUUGCGUUAUAAUACAAUCUCCUAGUAGAUCUAAUCAAUCAGAUAAGAUUUUUUUUUUUUUUGCA